GGUGCCGAUCUAGGGUGGAACCCUCGAGCCUUCUCUAGGCCGACGGCGCCCUCAGCUCCGUGAGCAGAGCUCACCCCGGAAGUCAUCCCCCCACCGCGCGCCGCUCUAGCCGGCUCUGUCUCUCAUUGCUCGCGGUGGAGGCGAUGGCCGCGCGGGGCUUCUGCCGGCUCUGGGCGGCUCUGCUCGCGGGCUGCGCCGUGGCGGCGGCAGCCGGCGAGGGUGUGGUGACCUGCGGGUCGGUGGUGAAGCUGCUCAACCCCCGCCACGGAGUCCGUCUCCACUCGCAUGACGUCCGCUACGGCUCUGGCAGCGGGCAGCAGUCGGUGACAGGCGUCACAGCCGUGGAUGACAGCAACAGUUACUGGCGGGUUCGGGGCAAGACGUCCACGGUGUGCGAAAGGGGUACUCCUGUGAAGUGCGGACAGUCCAUCAGACUGACCCACAUCAACACAGGCCACAACUUGCACAGCCAUCACUUCACGUCGCCCCUCUCGGGCAACCAGGAGGUCAGUGCCUUUGGGGAGGACGGCGAGGGGGACUUCCUGGACGACUGGACCGUCCUGUGCAGUGGCACGUACUGGGACCGGGGGAGCGAGGUGCGGUUCAAGCACACCUCCACCGAGGUGCUCCUUUCCGUGACGGGCGAACAGUACGGGCGGCCGAUCAACGGCCAGAGAGAAGUGCAUGGCAUGUCGUAUUCCAGCCAGGACAGCUACUGGAAGGCGAUGGAGGGGAUCUUCAUGAAGCCCUCGGAGCUGCUGAAGACGGAGACGUCCCACGCAGAGCUGUGAUGGCAGAAGGAGCGACCUCGUGUGUCCGUGGUGUGGAGCUCUCUUCGCCCCCAGCCCUGCAAGCCUGCCUGAACUCCCACCUCAGAGGACUGAGACUGGAAGUGUGACUUGGGGUGCUGGCGACAUCCCCUGCAGAGCUGCCACGCCACCAUCCUUCCGUGGGGAUACAGGAAGGAGCCACACCCUGUACCGCUUACCUGCUGAAGACGGAGGCGUCGCACGCAGAGCUAUGACGUACGGCAGUGUUUCCCCCUUGUGUCUGUGUUCCUUCCCCCGGCACCUUGUAUUGCUGAUAUUCAAGCACAGGCGUGCUGGGACUCAGUCCUAAAUAAACACAGGUGAUUCAAGCGCA